GUAUCCAGAUGUCACCUAAAAGGUCAUAGGGUGGUGGACAGCUCAGACUGGGUUGGGAGCCUGCUGUGGUCCCACUUGUCAUGCAGUGGAAAAGCAAAUUCUUGAUAGGCCCACAGACUUGGGGUUGCCCCAUUUUGCCAGGUACUCGGCCUCAGCUGGUUGCUUACACCACCUUUAUUCCUUCAGUAGACACUUUGAACAGCUUCAGGUCAGAGAGAGCAAUGUCUUCCUGGGGAGCAGCUGUGACAGCCAAGGGCCUUGCAGAGCUGCCCCCCCCCACAUGCUCAGAAGGCCAGCCUUAUUGGUCUGUGCCCCAAAGCUUCCCUGCCAACCCCAAGGAUAUGGGCUGGUCUGAACAUGACCCCCACCUCACCCUGGAUCCCCCGUCUCCAAGUCAGCCUGUCCUGAGGCAGGGGUCGGGGUCGGGAGCUGGUCUGUUGGAUGAGUUUGGGUCUGACUUAGGUGUUCAUCACUCCCACCGCCUUCCAGCAAGGGAGUCGCUGGUGCCUGCUUCCCAGACAGCUGAAUGUCAGAGUAGAAAAGAGGGCAGGGUUUUGUUUUCCUAGUGAGGCAUGACAAGCAAGUGGACACGGUCUGCAUUCAGGGGCUGUCACAUGGGCGACAGCAGUGUCACCGUGGGCUGGUCAUGGCACAGGAUGCCAGGCCUGACCUUAGCAUUUGCAAGUCCAGAACAAGGCCUGGAAAUGUGUCUCCGAUGAAUUGUGACUCUACAGUGGGACUAGGAACGUACUUAGAGCCACUGACCCAACAGCUGAGGAAAAUGAACGAUGCCUUUUGUGACCUCAGAUUCUCCCAAGUUCCAGGAUAGGCGCUAAAAUACUUGCCGAUGCUCUGAAAAGAGGAUCUUCCAUUUAGAAAAGUUGUAUGACUUCCAGGGUUUUCAGAAUGAUCGGUUUCUGAGGACUUUUGGGGGCUUCAUCUGGAAGCUGUAUUGGGACCUCAGAAACACAAGGGAAGGUCUUAAGAUUUUUUCCCUAAGAUUCAAAGACUGCCGAUCUCAGGGCUAGACCAUAUGGGCCAUGGACCCACCACCGCCCAGUCUGCAGGGGAGAAAGGCUGUUACCUGGAGCAGGGACCAAGAAUGGGUGUAUGGGAUUAGAUUUCAGACCUAGCUGUGCCCAGGGCAGUGGCCUAAGCAAAUACAACAUAUUGGCUUCGUGUGGUUUCAGCAGGCAGAGGUCCGAGAAUGUGUAAGGAAUGUAGGGUGUAAGGAGAGGAAAGGUAGGUGGAAAAGAGCCUCCACUAUCCUGUGACUGUUGAAAUUUUUAUUUUUCAUCGAAUACUGUGGAGAAAACAAGAGAAGACAUUUUCAGAAACGUUUGCAGUUCUGUGCAGAUCUUGACUAUCUUCUGACUGUGCUGCUUGUGAUCACUUCAUAAGUGUUUCUUCUUCCUCCAUUGCUUCAACAUUUCUGCCAUGUCUAAAUCUGCUGUGAAGAUAUCCCUGGACCUACUCUCCAACCCGCUGUGUGAGCAGGACCAGGACUUUCUGAACAUGGUGACAGCCCUAGACACAGCUAUGAAGCGGAUGGACGCCUUCAACCAGGAGAAGGUGAACCAGAUCCAAAAGACAGUGAUUGAACCCCUGAAAAAGUUUGGCAGUGUGUUCCCGAGCCUCAGCAUGGCAGUGAAGCGGCGGGAGCAGGCCUUGCAAGACUACCGGAGACUGCAGGCCAAGGUGGAGAAGUACGAGGACAAGGAGAAGACCGGCCCGGUGCUGGCCAAGCUCCACCAGGCCCGAGAGGAGCUGCGGCCGGUCCGGGAAGACUUUGAAGCCAAGAACAAACAGCUCCUGGAUGAGAUGCCGCGGUUCUAUGGCAGCCGACUUGACUACUUCCAGCCCAGCUUCGAGUCCCUGGUCCGGGCCCAGGUUGUGUACUACUCAGAAAUGCAUAAGAUCUUCGGAGACCUCACCCAGCAGCUUGACCAGCCAGGCCACUCAGACGAGCAGCGGGAGCGGGAAAACGAGGCCAAACUAAGUGAGCUCCGAGCCCUCUCCAUCGUGGCUGAUGACUGAGCCCCAGUCCCUCAGGAGUCCUCAGACUCCUUGGGACCUAGAUGACAUCUCUAUAGUCUUUGCUCUUAGCAGGCAUGGAUUCAUGGACCUCCCAAUGGUCUGCCAGCUGGAGACAGGUGGCCACUAUUCAACCUUGCCAGUCCUCCGACUUAAAAGUCUCCAUUUCCUUGAGCCUGACAUUGGGAGCCUCGCAGGCUGCUGUUACCCCCUGCCCAAUGCUGAUAAGCAAUGUAGAAAAAACCCAGGGGCCUGUUUACUUCCAGAACCGUCCAGAAUGUGCUAUACUGUCUGGCCAGCAGGAGCUUCCUGUGUAAGGUGGGGGCCUUAGCUCUGACUACCUCCAGAGGACCUACUCUAGGGAACCCACCAUCCCCUCCCCUCGUGACGCUUCAGCCUAUUGGGUGAGAAGCGGGGCCCGGGGGAGCAGAACUCUGGUCCCUCUGCUGCGGUGGGCCCCUCAUGCCAACAUAAUCCAAGCUGAUCCCCUGCAGGUCCAGCUAGGGAUAAGCCCUGGGUGUUUAGCUUCCCCUGGUACACGGACUUUGUUUCUAGCUGUCUACUAUACAGAACGUCACACGUUGACCCACAGGCCUCAAGGCAAGGCUUAUGUCUCACCUGUGUUGUUGGAAUUCUAUUUUCAAGUAAAGUUUCCAGUAAAACAUUA